AUGGUCAUGCUAUUCCUCACAGUGAGAAUCCCGUGUCUUGCGGCAUUGGUCACAGCCGGAGUUGCGACACCAGCCCAGCCGCCGAAGACUCUCGUGAAGGACGUUGCUAUAAUUGGUGGCGGGGCCUCUGGUGCGUACGCUGCUGUCCGCCUUCGAGAUGACUAUGGCAAGAGCAUUGCGCUUGUGGAGAUGCAAGGGAGGCUUGGUGGUAUGGUCAACACAUAUAUCGACCCUAAAACAGGCACACCAUACGACUUUGGCGUCGAGACUUUCCUAGACAUCGGCAACGCCUCGGCUUUUUUCGAGCGCUUUGGUGUCGAGCGGGCUGCUGUAACGCAAGCAAAUACUACCACCCAGUACAUUGACUUCAACUCCGGCCAUCCGGUCAAUCUUUCACUCCCCUCUUCAAACGCUCAAAUAGCCGCAAUGGAGAAAUUUCUUGAAGUGGUAAAACCAUGGACAAAUUACUUGCAACCGGGAUAUUGGAACUUUCCGGUACCGGAAGAUAUUCCAGAAGACUUUCUCAUUCCUUACGGUGAAUUCAUCACUAAGUACGGACUUGAAGAUGCCAUUCCGAUUAUCUACGAAUCUACUGGGCUGGGUCUUGGAAAUAUGACCCAAGAAACGACCAUGUUUGUGCUACAGGCUUUCGGAACAUACAUGGCAGAAGCCAUUGUGGGUGAGGUUGACUCCUAUCAUCCUGCCACAGGAGGUAACCAGGCGCUAUAUAAUGCUAUUGAACAAGGUCUAGGUGACGAUGUGUUGUAUAACAGCACUGUUUUACACAGCUCGCGUACUGAUUCCGGUGUACUACUCACAGUCCAAAACCACAUCAGCGGGUCAAAGACUGUGAUCCAUGCCCGGCAGCUCCUCAUAGCUAUCGAGCCUACUACCACGAACACCGCCCCGCUCGACCUGGACACCAAUGAGAAGAAAGUGCUUUCUACAUUUACCUACACGAGAGAAUAUUCUGGCAUUGUUAACAAUUCGGCUUUCGUUGCUCCAAUUUCUUACGCCAACAUGGCCGCAGGGGCUGCGCCUGACAACUACCUCAUCUUGCCCGACAGCUCCUUUACCAACACAAUUAGCUACAUGGGCGGUAAUAAUCUCUUUCAUGUUAUUAUCGUUGGGAAUAAUUCACUUGAUGAGAGGGGUGCCAAAGCCUUGUUGCAGGAGAACUUUGAAACUUUGCUCAAAGCUGGCAGGCUGGGAGAGUCCUACGAGGGUCAGCAAAUAAACUGGGUUGAUUUUUCAGUGCAUGGGCCGAUGCAUGCCCGCGUCUCUCCUGAGGAUGUUCAGUCAGGCUUCUUCCAGCAGCUAUACGCGCUGCAAGGGCAACGAUCAACCUGGUGGACCGGGGGUGCCUUUGCAUGCAACUUCCAAACUACAUUGUGGGAGUUUGAUGAGACUCUUAUUCCCAAUAUCAUCGCCAAUCUUUGA